GAUAAGUGAUGCACUUCCUCUUUCGACAGUGCUGAGAAUGUUCCAGACUGGGCGAGAAGCAACGAUUCAUCAUCUCUGGGGAACUCUCAUUUAGUCCUGUUGGAUAGAUUCUGAGAUCUUUGAUGGUGGCAACUGGAGAUAUGGGAAUCAGGUGCCUGCUGCAUGCCACAGCUCUUGGUGUCCUGUUGGUCUGGCCAAUGAUAAAACUGCAGAAUGCUUCAGCGUCCUGCCCUCAGUGCAAUGAAAAUGCUGCCUGCUACAACAGCACCCACUGCAUUUGUAAAGAUGGAUUCUGGACAGGACCUGAUAGUAGAAUAAUUAUUGAGCCACAUGUGAAAUGUGAAGAUAUUGAUGAGUGUCAAUUGGGGAUACCAGUGUGCAAGGAUGUGUCAUAUUGUAAAAAUAAAAUUGGAGAUUACAUAUGCAGCUGUGUAGUAAAAUAUCGUAUCUUCAACUGGGUAGCUGGCAUUGUUGAUAUUGAUAAUCCUGAUUGUUAUGGAGAUUGGUGGACAUUCCUACAGUGGCUUAAUGGACUCCAGUCAUCAAUGAUGCCUGCCACCAUAUACCAAAUAGAAGAUGGCCACACUGUGAUUCCUCCCACGGACACUCUACUCUCAGACAGUUUACCCUCAGUUGUUUAUCCUACCUUCCAUCACAGGGAGCACACUACCACCACUACAGCAAGAAGGCACAACAUACCUUACUAUAUGAGGAAAGUGAACAGCGGGAAGAAAAUAGGACCACAAGCAGAUAUUUGGGGACAAUUGAGUGGACAAGAAUCCAAAAAGAACUUUGCAAAAAUAGCUACUGACAUACUUCACAAAGUGGAACUCCAUAUAUUGAAUGAAAACUCAGCGGUGCCAACAAAGGGUGAAAAUUCUUCAUUGGGUAUAGUGUAUGAAACCAAGAGGUGCAGCAGUAUGAUUCUUCUGGAAGCUGGAAACAACACGAUGGAGAUUGACUGUGCUAGUGCUCUCAAAGGAAUCAAGAAUGGAGAUGAGACUGCAGUCGCUCUUAUUGCGUAUCAGUCCCUUGGAAAGUAUCUAAAUGAAUCCUUUUUUAACAACAAAGGGAUUAAGGAAGUAAAAUUGAACUCUCUUAUUGUGAGUGGCGCCAUUCAUUCAGAAGUCAAACCUGUCCUGUCUGAACCUGUACUCCUAACUUUACAAAAUACUGAGCCUAUUGACCCAAGAGCAGAGCAUCUCUGUGUCCAUUGGGAAGGAUCAGAGGAAGGGGGCAGCUGGUCCACUAAGGGCUGCUCUCACAUGCACACCAAUGACUCCUACACCACCUGCAAGUGUUUCCACCUGUCCAGCUUUGCUGUGCUCAUGGCUCUAUCCCUCGAGGAGGACUCUGUGCUUUCUGCACUCUCUGUGAUCACCUACGUGGGACUGAGUCUUUCUCUCUUGUGCCUAUUCCUGGCGGCUGUCACCUUUCUCCUGUGCCGGCCCAUCCAGAACACCAGCACCACACUCCACCUGCAGCUCUCCAUUUGCCUCUUCCUGGCCGAUCUUCUCUUCCUCACAGGCAUCAACAGAACUGAGCCUAAGGUGCUGUGCUCCCUCAUUGCAGGAAUGUUGCACUACCUCUAUUUGGCUUCCUUCAUGUGGAUGUUUCUGGAAGGACUACACCUUUUCCUCACUGUGAGGAAUCUCAAAGUGGCCAACUACAGCAGCUCAGGACGAUUCAAGAAGAGGUUCAUGUAUCCUGUAGGCUAUGGAAUCCCUGCUUUUAUUGUCGCUGUGUCUGCAAUAGCUGGCCACGAAAAUUAUGGAACACACACCCACUGUUGGCUCAGCCUUCACAGAGCAUUCAUCUGGAGCUUCUUGGGGCCAGUGGCAGCCAUUAUCUUGAUAAACCUGGUGUUCUACUUUCAAACUAUAUGGAUUUUGAGAAGCAAGCUUUCUUCCCUCAAUAAAGAAGUUUCUACUCUUCAGGAUACCAAGAUCAUGACAUUUAAAGCCAUUGUUCAGCUAUUUGUACUGGGAUGUUCUUGGGGCAUUGGCUUAUUUAUGGUCUUUGAAUUCGGAAAGACAGUUAGAUUGAUCAUUGCCUAUCUAUUUACCAUCAUCAAUGUCCUGCAGGGGGUUUUGAUAUUUGUGGUGCACUGUCUUCUUAAUCGCCAGGUGCGAAUGGAAUAUAAGAAGUGGUUUAAUAAGAUGCAGAAAGGUGUUGAAAUUGAAAGCACUGCAAUGUCUUAUUCCACUACAAACACCAAAACGGAGGAAGUUGGAAAUCGGCAGAACUGACUCACUGAGAGCGCUCACAACUUGAGCUCCUGCUUUGUAACGAAGGACCAUUGUCAACCCCACGUGGCCACUCAUGGAUUAGGUUCAUGUCACCAUUCUUCCAUGUGAAUUUGCCUUUUGAAAAGAAGUUUUCUGUGACUGAUAAUGCAACUCUACCUGUGAAUGCAUUUCACUGGGAAAUUUUCAUACAUUGAAACAUACUAUACAUACAUACAGCUUUGACCAUGUCCAUCUCCCUUCCCUUAUCCUCACCUGACCCACUGUACUUAAUCACUAUUCCUGUACUCGAUAACUCCUCUUCCUUUUAGUUUUCAAUGCAAUGGAAAAUUCUAAUAUUUCUCUUGCUACAUCUCACUUAAUUACUCUAACAUAUUUUCUUUGAAUUCCAUCUAUGUUUCUGCAAACAAUAGGUUUUUAUGCUAUUUCAAAAUAGAAAAAAUAUGCCAUGGAUUAUAUAAGCCACAUUUUCUUUAUCCUUUGAGGGACACUGAAGCGGACUCUACAGUUUGGCUGUAGUGAAUAGUACCUCAAUAAAUAUGACUGUGCUGUUGUAGGACACAGUCCUCUGAGAAAAACAGCUGUCAUAUUCAUAAGAUCAGCUAUGACUGCUUACAGGCUUGUUGAUUUUCACAGAGGAGGGUUGGGGCAUGUCACUGGACACUCACCUGAGAAACAUGCCAUGAUUCCCAAGCAUUUGUUUGAAGUUCUGCCCUAAUAUUCUGACCUUGGUGUCUCCAGAGGUGCUAUAGUAUAUAGUCUGCAUAAAGUUUAUUGACAGAGACUCAUUGGUGCAAGUCUGGGAAGUCUCUCCAGUGCUGCUGUUCUGAGGUCACCUACGUGUUUGUAAACAACCUUCACUCAAUAAACUCACUGGCUCCCAUGGUGA